AUGGGGAACCCCGGCGACGCGACGCGCAGUCGCGUGCGUUCUGGUGACUAUACUCUGCUGUCCGCUUCUCAGCCGAUGGACGGCAGUUCGAGCGGAACUGAGAAGCAUGCAGCAGCGGAUCUGGAGGCCCGGAGGCGGGUGAACCUGCACACUAAGUGCUUCGACCCUGCCACGGAGCGCUUCACCUUCUUGUCCUUCGCGAAGCAACUCCAAAUUCAGCUCAAGGAGCAGAGUUCCCCCCUCCACAGCUCAGGAUUCCUCGAUCUGCUAGAAGAACAGAGAGCGCUGCUUGAAAGGAGUGUGGGCUGCGCGGUGCUAGGCAAGCGACGCCGCGCCGACGCUCUCUUUCAGGACGAUGCAGAGGCCGACGCGGAGAGACGAAAGCGAAGAAGGACAGAAGAACUCCUGUUCUCGUCCUUCCGGGAGAUGGUCAGGCACCUGAACGCUGUGCAUCAGGCGCCCGUUGUGGCGAGUCUCCUCUCGGAUCUGGCGCCGCUGUGUGACUCGUUGCCGCUCCUCUUCGUCCACCGCGGGCGCAUCCUCCAGGCGCUGCUGAGGCAUCUUUUGGUCGACGAAGCCAUCGUCGCCGUCCUCAACCUGCUGCAGGCUCUAGCCAAGGAUCUCCGGUCGGACUUUGUCCCCUUCCUGCCUUCGGUUUUCUCCUCGCUGCUUCUGCUGCUGCGGCAGCUCGAACAUACAGUCGACGCGGCGCGGCUGCGUCUGCUGUUCUCCUGCAUCGCCAGUCUCUUUCGGUAUCUGGCGCGUCCGCUGCUGUGCGACUUUGACUUCACUCUGGCGCUCUUCACGCCAUGGCUCUGCGGCGAGGACUCAGCUCUUCUUUUCGCCGAGGCGCAAGAUGGAGCGCAGGCCAAAGACGAAGAGAGCGGCACCGCAGAGAAGCCCUCGCCUCGGCUGCGCCUCCAGGCAACACCCGGCGCCUCGCGCAGCGUCGCGCCUGCGGGUGGGAAGAAGUCGAGGCACGGAAGAAAGCCCCAGGAGGGCCGCGGCGCAGCUCGCGAAAAGUCGGCGAAGCAGGGGAAACCCACUUCGACGGAAAUCCGGAUGCUCGCCGCUCGCGCCUUCGCGUGCUUGCUGCGAAAGGCCGGCGGCGGCGAGGAAGGCGAAACCGGCGACCUCCUCAGCUGUGUAGACAGCCUUUUCAGGCACAUGACCAGGUGCUCGUCGUCGGCGCGAGAGGCCUACGGCGACAGCGUGGCGGCGGUUCUCUUUGAGAGUGUCAAGUCUGUGCAGUGCUCGUUUACGCGGUCCUUUGAGCGCCUGGCGCGUUUCCUCUUCGCCACAGUUCUCUUCCAGAAGCCCUACGCAGACCGCGGAGAUGCUGCCUGGCUGCCGUCGCUGCUUGCGUCGGCUGCGGCGGCCCCCGAGGCGCAGCAGCAGCCGGAGACUGGGACGCGCUCGGAGUCUGCGCUGAACGGGUCAGAUGCGUUCGACCUGUACCGUGCGCAAGUCAACUGUCUGGUUUCCUUUGUUCUUCAUGCGCGGCAGCAUGCCAAGUCCCUCGACAGUUCAGGCGGCAAGCAGGUUGAGGCGCUGCUUCUCGAGUUCCUGUCUGUUGCCGUCAAAGCCUCGCCCUCCUCGCUGCUCCUCUCGCUCUCGCGCCUCCCAGACGUGCUGGCCGCAGUCGAGGGGGAGAAGGCGGAUGAAGCCACAGACCACAGCGUGGGCGAGCGGCUAGUUGGAUCUUCGGUUUUCUCUUCGGCGUUUCUCGCUUCGCUCUCGUCUCCCUUCCACGCGUACUUCUACAACGUCCCCGCGCCUCUGAGCUUCACUCGCCAUCCCUUCUUCUCUCGUCCCGCUUCCUCCUUCUCUCGCUUCCUUUCUGCGCGGGCGGCGACGUCGUCUGCGUCUGCGGCGCGCUCCGCGCCAGCCUUCUCGCACCCGUCAGCCUCCGCGGUGUUCCUCUCGUUCGGCCUGCUGACGCUUCUCGAGCUCGCCACGAUGUGGGUGGCGGCCCUGCCGCGGCUCGAGGGCUCUUUCGACGUCUACCUCUUGCGGCUGCUUUCUGCGCUGCACGCAUCGCUCGUCCCGAGCGCGCUCCGGGGGAGGAAGGAGAAAAGCAAGGCGCGGGAGAACUCUGUGUGGCGUUCGCUGGCCUCGGAAGACGAAGAGUGCGAAAUCAACAAGGCGGCGCUAAUCCUGCAGCCUCUCUUCGCUGCCUCUUUGCGCCUACGGCACCAGGCGAGAGCGGCGAGGGGGGAGGCGGGGGGCGGGGAGGACGGGGGCUGCAGCGAGGGCGACGUCGCAGCACCCUGCGGCUCCUCUCCUGUUUCCUCGUCUUACAUGCGCAGCCGGCUAGUUGCUGGGAAUACGAGAGAGUUGGAGGUGCUUUCCGCGCUCUCCUUGCUCCUGCCUUGCGCACUGCUUCGUCUCCUCUCUCUUCUCUGGCGCGCAAUCCCCCUCAGUUUCUGUGGCGCACUCAAUUCGCUGCGGUCGGCCGCGACUUGCCCAGACCUCUUCCGCGUCCUCAUCUGCAUCCCGGUUCAGUUGGUCGCGUCGCCUUCGUCCGCAGCCCCAGCAUCCCUCGCCCCCGCGGACGCCUCGUCGCCCCCAGCGCCUCUGUGCGUGGAGAGCAGGGUGGCGGCCGGAGGGGAUCUUCUUCAAGCGUACGUGAACUGCUCGCUCGCCUUUGUUUCGAUGCUGCAUGCGCAUUGUGUCCCGUCGUCGAAAGACGACGCGUGCGUCGUGCAAAAGUUCGUGCACGGAUUCGGUGCGUACUCGCUCAGACCUUCCUGCGACUUCCUCAUUCGUCUGCUUCUUCUCCCGCUGCCCGCUGCGCCGACUGACGCGUGGAGCUCGGAGCGAGCGGCUGCAGCGGUCCUCCUCGCCCAGGAGGUUAACGAGUAUUUGGACGUCGCCCCGUCGCUUCAGCCUUUCUCUGAGGUGCCGGGGAGCCUCCUGCAGGACAGCAGGGAGCCCAAAAAGGAGGCGCAUAAUUUGGGCCGUCUGUUGUUCCUGCAAGCGAAGCAGCACCUCCCGGAGCUCGUGCUCGCGGUUGUGCUGCGGCUUCGGAGCUCCGUUUCGCUCUGCGAGAGCAGCGCACCCGUUCUCCCCAGUGCUUCGAUUGCGAGGAACGAUUCAGGCGAACCCGCGCCCAUGGCGGGCUCCGUUCGCUCGACUCAGAACGACGCGUGCGUGUCCCUCACCGUCUCCUGUGGCGGAGCUGACGCAGGGGUCUCAGGAGCCUCCUCCCUCUCGAGGGCAGCGACUGCGGACUUGCUGUGCACAUACAGCGUGGUUUCCUCGUUUGCGGUGCUGCUCUCCUCCUCCGCUCUCCACGAGUACUUGGCGGGAGAUGGUGAGGAGACGGAGGCCCGCGGGAAAGCCGCCACGCGACGCGUAGACGUCCGACGGAACCUGGCUAUUCUGCGGACCGAACUCUGCCGCCUGAGCUCGGCUCUCCUUGCGCGGCUGGCGCGGCAGCUUCUCGCGGCCGCGGCGGGCGGCCGUCGCAGCGCCCAGCAGGCUGGCGAUCUCGCGGCCAGUCCCCGGAGUCCGGUCGCUGACGCACAGGCCUCAGGCGGCGAGGAGAUAAGUAAAGAGCCCCGCGUGCGCGAGGGCGAACUUCAGGCGGUGCUUCAGCUCGUGCAGCUGUGCUUCCGCGCUCUGGGGGGGCUUAAGCCAUGGAUGCUUGAGAGCCGCGGCGAUGCGCGCGAGGCGCCGGCUGGCGGCGAACAAGCGAAACAGCAGCAAGGCAUAGGGCUGGAAGCCAUCUCCCCGAGCGCUGCAGAGGCUCGGUCGCAGUUUCCGCCUGCCUCCCUCAUUGCGCUUGUCCGCACGGCUGAGGCGCAAGCGGAGAGAGCGUCUGAAGACGCGAGUGUGCGCGGCUCUUCGCCCUCUUCGUUUGACGCGUUGUCUGCUGCCUCCGCUGCGUCGCCGUCCUCGGCACCGCCGGCAUCUUCCGAGAUGUGGCUCGCGAUACUCUUGUCGCUUUUCUCGUCGGGUAUCAGAAUCUACCAGCGCGUGUCUCCCGCGGACGCUCCGGAGGGCUCCCGCCCUGACGGCGCCUCUGCGGUGAGCCGCGCAGCGUCUCUCUUUUCCCCUUUGCUAGGCGCUGCGGCGUUCUGCCUCUCUGCCUCUUCGUCCUCUGAGUCUGACGCCGACGCGCUGACCCUGUCGGGUGCCGCGGAGCGUCUCCGCCCUCUUUUGUUCUCUCACGUCCCCUCUAUUCUCUGCUGUCUCUCUGCGUCUCGUCGGCAGACGCGCCUGGACGCUCUUCUCGUUCUGCGCCUCUGCAGUCCGGUACUGUUUUCGCCCUCUGCUGGCCUCGCCGCCGCGCACCCCUUGGCAGCAGGGACCGGCGCGGCUGGCGGGUCCGCGGGCGCUGUGGAGGGCCGAGGGGCGACCGACGACGGCGGCGGGUCAUCGCCGUCUGUCCGUGACUUCCAAGACGCGUGUGCCGCACAUCUGAAAGCGCUGUUCGCCCUCGAAAAGAUUCCUGUGGGACUCGAAACCGAGCGAAAACUCGUCAACGCUUACGAGGCUUUGGGGCGAGGCGCGGCGUCCAUUUUCUCGCGCGGCCUGGGCCUUUUCGCGGAGGCCCGCGUUCGCGCCGACCAGACGGACUCGAAAGAUCUUCCAGGCGAAGACGGCAAGACGCCGUCUGCAGCUGCGGAGGAGGAGCCGAACUCCACGGCGCUGGAGGCCUGUGUGACGCAGACAGUCCUCCCCAUUCUCGAGGCUACAGUCCGCACGCUCCUGUCGCAGCUUUUCGUCAAAUUUUCGCCCCUGUGGCAGCCUGCCGUCGACGCAGUCCUGCAGCUUUUCGAGACCGUCCACGCCUUGCAGCUUGACGCCGCAGCGCGCGCGGAGACGGAGAAGGCGAGGGACGACGCGACGGCCGGUAGAUCGUCGUCAUCCGCCGCAGACAGGAACUCGCACGCGUGCGCGAUGGAAGCUGCGCGCCUGCAGGCUUGGCUGAACGCAGCCUUCCUCUCCAACACCUGGGCAAUCAUCACAGAGCAGAUCUCGCGCGCGGUCGCUGACUUAGCCGCCGGCUGCGGGCCGUCUCCGCGUGCCGCCUUGCGUGCGUCGUCUUGGGUGCCGGCGGCUGAUGGGAAGGGGCGAGCGGGCGCCUGCGGACGCGAGACGGAGGCCGAGGGCUGCCAGAGCGAGAGCGAGACGCGUGACAGCGAAGGCCUCCAAGACGGGCAACUUGCAGGCAACCCGGGCACGGUUCCGAGGGAGGGCGAGGGACGCGAAAGCAGCUCGUUCAGCGCGUGUCUAAUGCAGGCAGAGUGGCGGCGGGAACGGGACGACGAGGGUGACGAGGGCGUCACGGAUCCCCUCAGCCGCCACACGCGCCUGCUGCGCCUGGUGGAAGGCAUCAUGGCGCAGUUUGGCAAGGAGGCCUUCGUCGCGUCGCGACGGCGACACGCCGACGACGCUGAAGACGCAGAAGACGACGACGACGCGCAGCCGCAAGAAGCCGGAGGUUCGCAGGCCGGACAGGAGGCGGCGACGGGCGCGCCCUGCAGGGGAACCUCCGCAGCGGCAGUGCGGCAGACAAGCCGAGGAGGCAGCGGAGCGGAGAGGAGCCAAGGACACGCGGAGCUCGUCCCGCGGGCGAGCGUGAGUCUGCGUCGCCGCCGGCAAGCACUGGGGCGCUUCAACUGGCUCGUCCGGCAGACGCUCUGCGUAAUGGAGACGCUCACGGACGGCGGCGGUGAUCCGGACGCUGCAACGUGGAGCCGCUCUCCCGCAGGGGAUGCACUCGAAGACGCAGAGGACGAAGCAGAGGAGGAGGAAGCGGCGGAGGAUGAGUCUGUCUCUGUCUCCACAGCUGCAGCCUCUGCACCGGAGGCGGCCGCAGGCGACCUGGAAGUCUUCAGAACCCACCGCGUCUCGCUCGUGCCCCGUGCAUGCGACUGCCUCCGCGCCGUGGCGGCUCUCGCGCGGGUGAACGCAGAGUGCUUCCUCUCUCCAGUGGAAAAGCAGCGUGCCUGUGCGCUCCAGAAAAAGUCCCGAGACGCACAGGCCUGGCUUCCUCCGGAGAAACGAGGUGAAGCGCCGAAUGAAAAUAGAGGAGAAGACGAGGAGAGAACCGCUCUGUGUGAAGAAGGAGCCGCCGCCGAAAGACUCUGGACUCGGCUGCUUGCGGGCUGCGCCCAGCGCCUCGUCACCAUCGCCGAUGCCUCGCUGCAACAGCUGUCCAUCCAGGUCCUGCAGCUCUCGCCGGCGCUUCGCCCGCAGAUCGCGCCGUAUGCGCCUCUGCUCGUUCAGCUCAUCACCGAGAAGAGCUCGAGCAACGCGCUGCUGCGCCUGCGGCUGACGCAGGAAGACGACGACCCCGAGGAAGCCGCCGAGGUGCAAGCAGCAGACCAACCUCAGCCGAAAGCCAAGAAGCGAGAGAAGGAGAGCGCCACAUGUGCCGAACUCGUCAUCGUCCAGGAGCAGCACCACCGUCUCGUCGUGCCCCUUGUUGUCCGCAUCCUCAUGACGAAGGUUCAACGCCGAGCCGCUGGUCGUUCGGCGGGGGCCGUCUUCGCGGAGCGUCGCAACAUUUUCGCUUUCCUGUCCUCUGCCGCGUCGGUGGAGCUUCCGCUUCUGCUCUCUAUUCUGCUGUACCCUCUCGUCGAGGUCCGCGUGCGCCCUCUUCAGGGCACCGCGGCUGGAGCCGCGGAAGAGGGUGCGACGGCGUCUCCCGCCGCCGCGACUGCUGCCUCUGGGUUCCUCAAGGAGCAGUAUCUGCGCGCGUUCAUAGCGGCACAGCUCAGCGGUUUGUCGGCUGCGUCGCUCGCGGGGCUGUCCGUGGAGGCGCAGCGCGCGGAGAUUCUGGCGCGCUGCAAGAGCCCCAGCGCCGCGACCGCGGUCGUCUUGGGCGAGUGCGAGGUCGAUCUGGGCCCUGAGGAGGUUGCUGCCGCGGGCAAACGCCGGCUGCAGGCCGCGAGGCUGUGCAUCACCGUUGGCCUCGCGGAAUGCUGUCGUCCGGCGAACAUCUCGUCUCGCCUUCCUGGUUGCCUGAAGACCUUGCAGCAGCUCCAGGAUCUGCUCAAGCGGCUCUUGCUGCCCGCGACGCCGUUCCUCCUGCUGCUCUACCGCACCGUUUUGCAGAGCUUCAUCGCCGGGGCUUCGGCGGGCACCGCGGCUUCUGAGGAGACAGAGCGCGACGAGGACGGGGAGCGUCGCGCGCCGCAAGAGCCGGGCGCUGCAGUCCGUCUGGUCACGAGCCACGAAAAUCGUGCCUACGUGAAACAGACAGUGCAUCUGUGUCUGCUGCUGGUGCGCCAGCUCCUGGAGGUUUUUCCCGAAUUCGCAAAGAUUUGGCAAGAAAUCCUGGUUCCUGCAGGCCCAGCGCUUCAGCGACUCCUCGACGCUGCUGUCGCGACAGCCGCUGCCGCGCCCGGAGGCGGCAAGGGGCCUCGACACCAAGGAAAGCGCCAGAAGAGAAACCUGCCUGCGAUCGUCUCGCUCGUCUGCUCAUGGAGCGCGGAGCCCGCGUAUUUUUCGUUCUUCAACUCCGUUGUCCCUGAGGCGCUACCCACGCUCUUUUCUGUUCCCUCACUGCCCGCCGUCCUUCGCCGGCUGACGCCUGCGUCCGCGGCGGGUCGGCGACCCUUCCGCAGCUCUUCACGGCUUCGGCAAAACGAUAAUUCCUCUUCUGGGAUGCUUGAGGCUGUGCUGGACGCGGCGCUCCUGCUGUCGUUGGGCGGGAUGAGUCGCGAGAGAGAAGAAGCUCUUUCGUCUUCUCUCCAGGGCGAAAUGAAGCAGCUGCGCAGACGCCGAAGGCAGGCGGGGUCCCGGGCGGGCAAGCAGGGAAGCGGCGGCGCCAAGAGCCGGGCUCGCGGCUCGGCUUUGACUUCGUCGUCAUCUUCAGAGGAGGAAGACGAAGAGGAGGACGUGAUGCGAGAGGAAGAAGCGAUCGACGACAUCGAGCGCCAGAGGCAGGAACUGCGAAGGCAGCAGAAGGAGUUGGAGGUGGAGCGCGAACAGAAUGAACGCGAAGGCAUUGCAGCGCUGCUGCCUCACAUCGGGACACUCCUGGCCUCGCUCGAGGUGCUUUUUCAACAUCGGCGCUUAGCCAGCCUCGGCGUCGUGCCUCAGUCUGCGGCGAAACGGGGGCCUCGGGCAGAGGGCGCCGCGCUGCGAGACGAGCAUAAGGACAGGGCAGAAGACGGCGAGGAACGAGAGGCGGAGAGGGCGGAGGAAGAUCAAGGCGAAGCAGAGCAAGAGGGGCAAGAAAACGAUGAGAAGGCGCCCCAAGGGGACGAGGAGGAGGACGAUGAGGCAGAGGUUGCUGCCUCCUCGUCUCAGCGUAGUUUGUUUGGAGUCGUCCGCAUGAAAGAGCUGCAGCUUUUGACGCGAAUCGCACGUUAUGCUGUCGACAGUGCUGGACUUUCUUUGACUCAGCCGGGAGACCGGCCGCUCUCGGCGACGGCAGGCGAGCAGGCACCUUCCAAGGCAGCCCCUUCUUCCGCCUCCCGCGGUUUAGGGCAGGAGCGGCUUUCCGUCGUUCUGCGCCUCAUGCGUCUCCUCGCGCAGUCGCUUCCUGCCUCCUCGUCGCUGACGCCUCGUGCGCUCAGCCCAGCGGGUGCGUCUCGGCUCUUGCUUUCGUUGGAGGCGCUCCUUCAGCUCACGUUCCCUCUGGCAUCUCAAGUUCGCGUCCUGCGCGAAGACGAAGAAUUACGGAUUGCGGAUAAGCAGGCCGGAGCAGCUGUGGACUCGCCUGUUCAGACGAGCGACGCCCUUUCGCCUUCCUGUCCGGUGUCGGCUCGCCUUUCGGAGUUGCGGGGCGUCAUGGAGGCCGUCUCGCGUCACUGCGGCCUUCUGCUGCAGACGACGGUUUCGAGUGCAUGCCGCGCGGCCGUCGCGAAGCUGUUUCUCGCUAUCGAGUUCGCAGCCUGUGGCGUGCGACUCUUCACUUCAGACCAGGAGCUGGAGGCGAGGCUCGGGAGCAAUGUCGAACGCCUCCUCACCGGCCACAGCUUCGCCGGCAAGCAGGGUGACGCGUCCGCGCCGGACUCGGACGGGCGCCAAGAGGACGACGAAGUGGGCGUGGAGGCCAAGGGACAGAGGCUCCUCCAGGCGCUAGUCCCUGGCGGAUCGCUCAUACGAGAGGUGCUGACGGGCGUCGAAGUGGGGGGUGAGACCGGGGAGGAAGCGCUGUCGCGGGCGCCGGAAGGUCGCGGAGCAAGAGUCUACACUUCUCUGCUGGCUGCGGGCGACGAGGCGGGCCUCGUCUGGUACUCGCCGCGGGCGACGCUGGAGCCGAGCGCCUUCUCGCUUUCGGAGUGGAGACUGGCUGUCGCGUUGAUUCUCUUCUCGCUGAACAGCCACAGGUGUCGCACUGCGCUCUCCCGCGGGCUCGCUCUGCCGCUUCUCGCUGCAGACGACGACGAUCAACCCGACAGCAGCAUGCAGCUCAUUGUGCUCUCUGCGCUCGUUGCGACCGCGGCGGUUCGCGGAGUUCCCUCGCCGUCUGCCUCGACGGCUGAGGCCGAGCGCCACCGCGCGAUUCCCCCCGCCCUCCUGGAGCCGCUCCUCCGGCACUGUCUGUUCCUGCUGGGUGCCCCGGCGGUCGACUGGGCAGUGCAGCAGGCGGCUGCGGCGGCGCUGAAGGCGCUCGUGGACUCCCUCGUCCUGCUUUCGCGGUCUCAGCAUUCGGCGGCUGCGGCGCCCUCCGCAGCCGCCGCGCUUCAGCUCCGCACGCAGCUCUUGGCUCAGGUCGUGAUGCCGUUUGUCCGCACGCAGCUCAAGUCUCCCGAAGAAGCCCAGCUGCGGCAGGGCCUCCAGCUCCUUGCGUACGUCGUGCGCACGCUGGCGCCAGUUGCAGAUGCGCUGCCGUCUCCUUCGGCUUCCGCGUCCGCGGCAUCGACGCACGCAGCGGCUGAAUCUCAGACGAAGCGCAUGCGCCAACUCGCGCAGGUCUUCCACCUCGAUCUGGCGUGUCUGCUGCUACCCUCGGCCUCCGACGCGGUCGCCGCAGUCGACAGAGCGCCGAGCGGCGACGCGGAGGCGGAUCUCGCGAUUCCUGCCGAAGUCAAGAGACCCCAGGGCGAAGCCGCGAAUGCCGGUGGCGACUUCUUCCGCGACUUCCUCCACAUGCAGCGUCACCGGCAGGGCCGCGCGCUGCAGCGACUCGCGCACGCCGCUCGCGAGCGCAAGAUCGGCGCGACAACGCUGCGGCUCGUGGCGCUCCCUCUCUGCUUCUCCUCGCUGCUGCAGCGGCACAGUCUCCGGCGUCGCCAGGAGGACGCCCGAAAGAAGAGAGACAACUUUUUGCGGAAAGAAAUGUUCAAUCAGGGCCUCGCCGAGCAGGCCAUCAGCUGCCUGGAAGCGUGCUCCUACCGCCUUAAGUGGCAAGUGACCCUCGGCACCGUCCGGCUGCUUUCGCGGUUCCUCUCUGACUUCACAGAGCGCGAGGGGUUCCUUUACAAAGCUAUCUGUGGAGUUGUUCGGGCCUUCGAGACGCAAGUUAAGCAAGCAGUGGAAGACGCGCUCAUCGGCGACGCGGCAGGCGCAGAGGCGCACAUGGAGGAAGUGGACGGCGAACGUGAAGGCGGCCGCCCCUACGUCGCCGCGCGUGAAGAAUUCGCGCAGGACGGGGACGAAGAGGAAGAGCCGCUCUCCGGCAGCGAGGAGGGCGACGAGGAUGCGGCGGCGCGCCCGGGGCCCCAGAGGCAGAUGGGCGCGCGACGGCGCUUGGAGCUGAUGCAAGCGCGGAUAAAGUCGGAUCUUGCUCCGCUGCUGUACCGUCUUGCCUUCGGCACGUCCACUUCGAAGAAGUCUGUGCAGUCUGUGGAGCAGCUCGCCUCGUCUCACUCGCCGGCGACCAAGGGCAAGGCCGCCGCUCAGAAGGAGAAGGAGUUGAGCAUUCGCCCGUCGAUUGUGGCUGUGUUGCUGCUGUUGCUGCGCCUGCUUCCCUCGGCGGAGUUCUACGAAAACCUGCCGAAACUCGUGCGCAGCGUGGCCUUCAAUCUCCGCUCCCGAGACAGAGAUGUCCGUCGAAAGGCGCGCGGCGCGCUGGUCUCCAUGGCUGUGAGUCUGGGGCCGACUUUCUUCUCCUUCCUCGUUUCGGAGACGAGCGUCCUGCUCAAAGAUCGGCAGUCUUCCGCGAAAAAGGGCGGCGCCGAGGCGGAGGACAACGCCGGCAAUAGCGCUCAAGCCUUCUACUGGCCUGUGCUGCUCUUCACCGUCCACGCGAUGCUCAAAGGCCUCGUCGCCCAAGAGGGGAAGGCAGACGCAGAGGCGCAGAGCCGCGUCGGGGGAGAGGAUGAGGCGGAGACGUCGGCGCAGGAGGGAAUCGACAAAGCCAUGCCUCUGCUUCUGCCGCUUAUCGCUGAGGAGUUGAGCCGCAUCUCCGACCCAGAUCGCCCGUUCCAAGAUCCGGCUGCGACGCGUCAGCAUUCGAAGAUUGACGAGGCGCGUCACCCGAAAGGCCCGUCUUUGGUGUUCCUUCUCUCCUCUUGUUCUUCGGCGGCGUGCUGCUCGACACAGAUUCUCCCGUUUCUUUACUCGCUCCUGGGGAGCCGGCGAAGGGAAGGCGCGACAGUCUCGUCGGCCUACUCGCCGAUGUAUCUGGAGAAAGUGAAGGAUCUCUUCAUUCACUUUGUCAAAGGAGUCAACAAGAACCGCAGCCUGCCCCCGCUUUACUUCUUCCUCCUCUCGCGUCGCCUCCUCACACUCACCGUUGCGCUGCUGCAGUCGCACCUGCUGCAUCCGCUGCAGCUCGAACAGGCGGGACGCCGCAGGGAGCACCUCGAGCUCCUCCUCGCGAAGCAGGAGCUGAAGCGCCAGACAGACGGCUUCUUGCGGAAGAAGACGCGCGGGGACUUGGCGCUUCCAGCUGCGACGCACAGCCAGGCCGGCGGGGCGUCUGCGGCGCCGGCGAAGCGAGGCGGCUCCCUGUCUCGAGGCGGAACGGGAGCACAGGCGCUUCGCCCGAGGCAAGAGAGUGCGAGCUUGUUGAGGGAAGACGCUUUGUUUCUCCGGCAGCUGCUGCUUCACUCGGCGAUGCAGCCCGCUGGUCGACAGGCAGGUGCCGGCAAGGAGAAUGACCAGAAGGAAGGAGACCCUGAGCACGCCGAGGGUGAGGAGGCAAACGAAGGCGCAGACGACUCGGAUCUGCUGCUCCUCGCGCCUGAUUCCGUCGAUGACGCCAUCGCGCUCGCGCGGGAGAAGCGGCAAGACGGGUUGCGAGCGGCCGUGGCGGCGAAGAAAGACCGGGCGAUGUUGAUGCAGCCUGGAGCCGCGCGGGGGAUUUCCCUUGAGAAGGCGCUACACAAGAAGCGUGUGGGCGGCUUGGGAGGGCAGGGCUUCGACGCCACGAGUCGCGCCACGACUGUGGGUUUCACGGGGCUUCGGCUGCUGCUCUCGGCUCUGAAGAAGUGGAAAUUCCUGCUCAAGAAGCGAGCAGGCGACGAGCCAGAGGCGCGGCGCCAGGAGCAGCGAGCGGUUCGAGACGAGCUGGAGAAGUCCGGGUUCGCGAUUCUCAUUUGCUUCUGCAGCAACAUCAUGGAUUUGAUUUCGUGGACGAUGCGCUGUCUGCCGCACCUCCUCCCUCUGCAUCUCGCCUCGAUCGACGCCAGGGGCUCCGUCAUCGCCAACGUGACGCUGCGACUCUUCCAGAGCGUCGGUGGCGGGUUCACCUUGCGGAAAGAAGAAGCGCACCACCUGCUUCUCGCCUGCUCGCGCCUGCUGCCGCUUCUCCUCCUCCACCCCAAAGGCGACAAGUGGAUCUCCGCGGCGCUGAAUCCUCACGCCCGCGUCCCACUGACUCACCGCCAGCUGCUGCUUCUCGAGAUGCAGAGAGAAAGCGCGAAACUCCGCAACGAGCGCCUCGCGCAGGUUGACGCGAACGAGGAGGAAGCGCCACAGCGCGCAGAAGAGGAAUCGACAGACGCCGGAGAAGGUGAAGAGGGACAGACGCCAGGGCGGCCAGGGUCGGCAGCGAAAGCUCGCGAGGCGGAGAAGGACGAGGAGGCGGCGUUGGUGCUGUCGGAGUCGCAGCUGCAAGUUUUGAAGGAAGAAGAAGACAAAACUAAGAGUGGGAAGAUUCAGGCGGAUGAUCGCCAGACCGAGGGCUUUAAGGAGGCCCUGCUUGCUCAGAUUUUGCAUGCGCUCGAAAGCCCGCAACUUCGUCUCUCUGGGCUCAUGCUGUUCAAGACGCUCGUUCUGCCUCACUACCGGGACGUGGCUAUGGCAGCGUUGAGGGGGGAGACAGAGGGGGGUGGCGGAAAGGCGAAGAAGAGCGAGGGCGGCGCAGAGGCGAGGAAACAGAGAAAGACUCUCGGAGACUGCGCCUUGUUGAAGGAGGUGUACCGGGGCAUCGAUACGAUCAUCCGCCUCAUGAUCCAGGAAGCAGGCGAAGACGCUGAAGGACGUCGUCUGGCGGCUAUAUGCGGCGAUAUUUACCUCCACUUCUUGCUCAACUUCCCAAUGACGGAGAAGACACAGCAGUAUCGGGUUCUCUUCCUGCUCAAAAAUCUCAGCUACUCGGCUCCCGAGGGACGACGCGCUGUCCUCAACUGCGUCCACAAGAUACUGAUCCGCUUCCCGAAUGAACUUGUUGUCGCGCGCUACAGCGAGGUUCUCUUGCUGUCGCUUUCUGGGCGCCUAGUCCUCGAAGAAGACCGCACUGCUCACGAGAUGCUUCGCAUGCUUCUUCUGCUGCUUCUGGACUUGGCGGAGGACACGGAGGACCCUGAACACCCUGCGCCUCACCUCAUGUUCAAGACUGCCGUCGCGGUGCUGCUUCAGCCGGCGAUUCCGAAGCUACUCGCUCUCCAGGAGCUGCUUCUCGUGUUUUUGGAUAGCCAGGGCCCGCGGGUGGAGUCGAUGCUCCCUCGGGUGCUGCGGCUCAUGCAUCGAAUUCUCCUUCUUGCAGCGGACCGCAAACGCGUCGAGGGCUGCGCCGGCGACAGUGUGCUCUUCCCUGCAUGCAGAGACUGGCGAGUGACCUACAAGGCGCUGCUGACCUUCGAGAAACUUCUGCUUUUCGUCCACCCUUCGCUUUUGGAUUCGCUUUUCUCACGGGCGGCGCGCGCCGUCGCCGCGAAACGCGGAAGUGCAGAGCUAUUUGCCGUGGAGGGAGUCGAGGCGGAUGGAGGCGAAGCCCCCCCUGUGGACGCGCGCCUCGAGGCACGAGGUGCGGAGGGAGUUCUGCGGGCUUGGGCUUCGUCGUGCCUCACCGGUGACGACGAGCAACAGGGCACGGUGGCUGGAGUGUCAAGCAGAGAUUCGAGGUCGGACGCGUAUGCUUCUCCUUCCGCGGCAUUGCCUCUGAAGGAUGCAUCGGCUGCGGCAGGUGUCGGCUCUCUGUGGCUCGAGGCAGUGGGCGAAGGCCUCCGGCAUGAGCACCCGUGGAUCCGGGCGGUGUCUCUUCGCUGCGUCGGCGCGUACCUGGCAGCCAAGCCGGGGCGUUCGUACCGGCCGUCUUCUCCGUGUCUGCUCUACCUGCGGGGAGACUUGCGCCCGCGCAAGCUUGAAGAAGCAGGCAGCGAGGGUCGGCGGGAGACGCCCCUGAGGACGCAUACCAGUCCGGGGGCAGCUCUCGCGCUGGCCGCCUUGGCGCCCUUUUGCAAAGAUUUGUUCCUGGAGAAAAACCCUGCAGCCGUGGUAUCGGCGCGCGCCUUGCUUCUGCCUGUGUUCCAGCUGGCGCUGGAGAGGCCAGAUCUGGUCUUCGUGCCCCCAAGAGCCCCGUCGCGCGGCGGUGAGGAGCUCGAGGAAGAGGAAGAAAGUGGCGACGACGAGCAGACGCAAGAGAAGCCUGCGGCACCCGGAGCCGUAGACGAGGGCAGCAGCAGCGAGGGCGACGAAGAGGCAGAGGACGAAGGCGAGGGGGUCGCGAGCGCGGCGGAAGACGGAGCGGGAGGCGAGGGACCCUCUAGCGGCGACGACGAGGCAAGCGACGAGGGAGGAGAAGACCCCCCGAGACAAGGCAGCGAGGGAGGGCAUGCAUUCUCCCUCCCUCCUGUGAAAAAACGGCGCGGCAAUGCGGAGCGCGAAGCGGUCGAAACGCCCGAAGCGGGGGCAGUGCAACAGGAAAGCGCAGCCGACCCUGAAGAACAAGAAGGACAAGAGCCGCAGGAUGCGCGGGCGGCUGAACCUCAAGCGGGAGAGGAAGACCUGCAACAUGACGCGGCUCUGGACGGUUCAGACACUGAAGAGACAGAGAAUAAAGAGAGGGAGGAGGAAGCGGCAGAGCAGCUGCGAGGAGACGAGGCAGGAGAGGGGUUAUCUGAUGAUGGUCAAGAGGACGAAUCGGAGGAUGAUGAGGAUGGUGACGAUGAAGCCGAGGAGCAAGAGGAGCCGUCCAGCACAGAUGCCUUGGCUCUGCAAGUCCUUCUCCGCGCAGACGAGGCGUCUGCUGAGAGUGACUUCUUGGCGAAGGAGUCCUCACAGGGGCCACGGAAAGACGACGGGUCAGGCGACCUGCUCGCUUUCGAGAAUAUUGCUGCUGCUCGGGCAAGCUACGCGGCGUCCCUGGCUUUCGCUGGAGGACCGAGUCUGCGGUCUUCGUCCGCUCUAAGAGCGCACUGCGACCAAAAGGCGCUUGCAUGCGGAAUCGUCGCCCGCAGCUCCGGCGCGGGGGCCCAGUCGGAAGAGACGCACGCGAACAAGAGAGCUGGCUGGACGGCAGCCAAGAAACCGGAGUGUGCGACGCUCUCGGAGCUCGUUUGUGGUCGUGACCUGCCUGCAUGGAUGCAGAAGACGCUGGUGGCGCAAAGGGAGAACUCACACCCUUUGGUAUUCAUGGUCAGACGGCUUUCUUUCUGGUCGCGAAAGCUUUUGGGGACGCUCGGAGCGCAGCGACGGGUCCUCCGGAAGAAGGCUGCACAGAAGGGCUUCGACGCCGACACGAGCCGGAAACCUCAAGUGGAUGUCUCCACUUCUGUUGUUCGCAUUGGGGGCAUUCUAAGCGUCUUCCAGUCGCUCCUACACAGACUCCCGCUUCAUCCGCCCCAGAUUUCGUCUCUCGCUUCCUCACUCUCACCAUCUGUCAGGUCGACCAAGAGGAAACGUGGCGAAGAGGAUGCAAUCAAGACUGCAGCUGAGGCGGCUGAUUGGGCGGAAGGCGAGUUGUCUCUUGACCGCCUAUUCAUAUUUUCAGAAGUUCACCUCGAGCGUCUCCUAGUGCUUAUUGUGGACGCGGUGUAUCGUUGCUCUACCGUCAUAAAGGGACGCGAAGAGCGAGGAGAGGAAAAGACGAACUCUGUCCUUCUUCAGCUUCUGGCAGCGGAGCGCUGUGGUGAGCAAGACGCCUUCAACGGCGGAGACGAAGGAAACGCCUCUGGGGUGUCUUCUCUGUGGGCGGCACUCGCGUCCCUGUCGCCAAGAGAACAGCAAAGAGAAAUCUUGACGGGUGGACUGUUCCUUCUGAAUCACGUUCAGGAGGUGCUGAAGGAGCACGGGAGGGAAGAGUUGGGGUUGAAGAUUCUCGCGCAUGUGCGCACGUCUGUGCUGUCUCGUCGGCUCAAGCGCAAGGUCGACGCCCAGCAGCAGGCGCUUCUACAGCCGCAGAAGUACGCAGAAAAGAGGCGAAGGCAACAAGGGAAGAAGCGGAUGUCGAAGAAGAGAAAGGUCGCGCUUCUCAUUGCUCAGAAGAAGGGUGGAAAGCGACAAGGCGAAGCCAGAAACAAGGGCGAAUGA